ACAAAAAUGAGCAGUGUGAAUAAAAGAAUUUUUAAUUGAUUUGAAUUCAAAUUCGAAAAAACUAUCGAUCAGAAUUACAAAACAAACAACUAAGCAAACAAGCGCACAAUGAAACUGAUAAUAUUCAAGAUGGUGAUAAGGGAAUUCUAGUCCGGAAGAAAAUCAAGUCAAAUAAAACAAAUUCAAGUCAAAUAUGAAAUAGUCUCAAGGAGAAGUCAAGCAUCCGAUUUCCACGUUUCAACAUUUGUGAGGACCAGAAGCAGCAGCAGCAGAAGCAGCAGCAGCAGCAGAAGGAACAACGACAGCCCACAAAUCGUCUACACAUUGAUGUGCGAUUUGAGCGUGUGAAUGUUGGCAGCCCUGGAGCCCUGCCUCGGUGGUUUAGCCUGUACUAGAAAGCGAAUAUGAGAACGGAGGCCACAAUUACAACCACAACCACAAGAACGACAGCCACAACCAGAACCAGAAUCAGAGCCAGAGGCAGAGGCAGAACCACAACGACAACAUCAAGGGGUCUAAUUGGAAACGAGAUAGACAAAGCGAUCCAUCAGACAUGGCCUGGUGUCCAAAUUGUCACGAACUGCCACCGUUCUAUCCGCCCAUCUCGCCAAAGGGGAUGUCGGGGUGUGAUCAAAGCACUGUCGAAUCAUUGGCCGAUGAUCCAACAGAUUCACCAUUCGAUGCCGAUGAUUGUCUCAAAGUUCGCAAGUACUGGUGCUUUCUGCUGUCCAGCAUCUUUACAUUCCUUGCUGGCCUGCUCAUUGUGCUGCUAUGGCGGGCAUUCGCGUUCAUCUGCUGCCGCAAGGAGCCCGACCUGGGACCCAACGAUCCCAAGCAGAAGGAGCAGAAGGCGUCCCGCAACAAACAGGAGUUCGAGGGCACCUUUAUGACAGAAGCAAAAGACUGGGCUGGAGAGCUUAUCUCGGGUCAAACAACAACUGGUCGAAUUUUGGUCGUACUCGUAUUUAUACUCAGCAUUGCAUCCCUCAUUAUAUACUUUGUUGAUGCAUCUAGCGAAGAAGUCGAAAGAUGCCAAAAGUGGAGUAACAACAUUACUCAACAGAUCGAUCUCGCAUUCAAUAUAUUUUUUAUGGUUUACUUUUUUAUACGAUUCAUAGCGGCGUCCGAUAAGCUUUGGUUUAUGUUAGAAAUGUACAGUUUUGUAGAUUAUUUUACAAUACCCCCGUCCUUCGUAUCAAUAUAUUUAGAUCGAACAUGGAUCGGUCUUCGAUUUCUUCGAGCGCUACGUCUCAUGACUGUUCCAGAUAUUUUACAAUAUUUAAACGUACUAAAAACAUCGAGCUCCAUACGCUUGGCUCAACUAGUAUCAAUUUUUAUAUCCGUGUGGUUAACAGCAGCGGGCAUUAUACAUCUGCUGGAGAACUCUGGCGAUCCGCUGGAUUUUAAUAAUGCUCAUCGUUUAUCGUAUUGGACCUGUGUCUAUUUCCUAAUUGUGACCAUGUCAACGGUAGGAUAUGGUGACGUUUACUGUGAGACUGUCCUGGGAAGAACAUUUCUCGUGUUCUUUCUGCUCGUCGGCUUGGCCGUUUUCGCUAGUUGGAUACCAGAAAUCACUGAACUGGCCGCCCAGAGAAGCAAAUAUGGUGGAACAUAUAGCAAGGAUCCUAGAAAAAGACAUAUUGUGGUAUGCGGUCAUAUAACAUACGAGUCCGUGUCGCAUUUCCUGAAGGACUUUCUCCACGAAGAUCGGGAGGAUGUCGAUGUCGAAGUGGUCUUUCUCCAUCGCAAAGAACCUGACCUGGAGCUAGAGGGACUGCUGAAGCGUCACUAUACCACAGUGGCCUUUUUUCAGGGCACUAUGAUGAACGCAGUCGACCUGGAGAGAGUCAAGGUUCACGAAGCCGAUGCCUGCCUUGUGCUAGCUAACAAAUAUUGCCAAGAUCCCGACGCAGAAGAUGCUGCCAACAUCAUGAGAGUGAUCUCCAUCAAGAACUACAGCGACGACAUUCGUGUCAUCAUCCAGCUGAUGCAGUACCACAAUAAGGCGUACUUGCUCAACAUACCAUCGUGGGACUGGAAACAGGGCGACGAUGUCAUCUGCCUGGCCGAACUGAAGCUGGGCUUCAUUGCCCAGAGCUGUCUGGCCCCCGGUUUCUCCACCAUGAUGGCCAAUCUGUUUGCCAUGCGAUCGUUCAAGACGUCACCAGACACACAGGCCUGGCAAAAUGAUUAUCUUCAAGGUACAGGGUGUGAGAUGUACACCGAAACCCUAUCACCUUCAUUUACCGGCAUGACAUUCCCACAAGCCAGCGAGCUGUGUUUCUCCAAGCUGAAGCUGCUGCUGCUCGCCAUCGAGAUCAAGGGAGCCGAGGAGGGUGUGGACAGCAAAAUUUCGAUUAACCCGCGCGGGGCCAAGAUUCAGGCCAACACGCAGGGCUUUUUCAUAGCACAAAGCGCCGAUGAGGUGAAGCGUGCCUGGUUCUACUGCAAAGCCUGCCACGAGGACAUCAAGGACGAGACGCUGAUCAAGAAAUGCAAAUGCAAAAACUAUGUCGGCAUGAUUAUGAUGCAGACGGGCAUGGUCAACCAAGGCAUCACAUCGGUGAUGAAUACAAUGGAGGAUGAACACCAUCCUGCACCCACAUUUACGCCUCCAGAGCUACCCAAGCGGGUGCAUGUGCGUGGAUCUGUAUCGGGUGAUAUCACACGUGACAGAGAAGAUACGAAUCUACUCAAUCGCAAUGUGCGCCGUCCUAAUGGCACUGGCAACGGUACAGGUGCCAUGCAUCAUAUGAACAACACGGCUGCUGCAGCCGCCGCUGCUGCCGCGGCGGGCAAGCAGGUGAACAAGGUGAAGCCCACGGUGAAUGUGAGCCGGCAGGUCGAGGGUCAAGUAAUAUCGCCGUCGCAGUACAACAGGCCACCAGAGAAUGAUGCUAACCCUUAUGCGGGCUAUCAACUUGCUUACGAAGUUAAAAAGCUCAUGCCGACGAGUCGCAGCUCCGGCACGGGCACGCAGAAUCAAAAUGGCGGCGUUUCAUUGCCCGCCGGCAUAGCGGACGACCAGUCGAAGGACUUUGAUUUCGAGAAGACCGAAAUGAAGUACGACUCGACGGGCAUGUUCCACUGGAGUCCGGCAAAGAGCUUAGAAGACUGCAUACUGGAUCGCAACCAGGCGGCCAUGACAGUGCUGAAUGGUCAUGUGGUCGUCUGUCUGUUCGCCGAUCCCGAUUCGCCGCUGAUCGGUCUGCGGAAUCUGGUGAUGCCCUUGCGGGCGUCCAAUUUCCACUACCACGAGCUGAAGCAUGUGGUGAUUGUGGGAUCGGUGGACUACAUCCGGCGAGAGUGGAAGAUGCUGCAGAACCUGCCCAAGAUAUCGGUGCUGAAUGGCUCGCCCCUGAGUCGCGCCGACCUGCGGGCGGUCAACGUCAAUCUGUGUGAUAUGUGCUGCAUACUGUCGGCCAAAGUUCCUAGCAACGACGAUCCCACGCUGGCCGACAAGGAGGCCAUCCUCGCCUCGCUCAACAUCAAGGCCAUGACCUUCGAUGACACGAUCGGCGUGCUCAGCCAGCGCGGCCCGGAGUUCGACAACCUGAGCGCGACCGCCGGCAGCCCGAUUGUGCUGCAGCGUCGCGGUUCAGUGUAUGGCGCCAAUGUGCCCAUGAUUACAGAACUGGUCAAUGAUAGUAACGUGCAGUUUCUCGAUCAAGACGACGACGAUGAUCCAGAUACAGAGCUGUAUCUGACGCAGCCCUUUGCCUGCGGCACAGCCUUCGCUGUGAGUGUGUUAGACUCACUGAUGUCCACGACAUACUUCAAUCAAAACGCCUUAACGCUGAUCCGCUCACUGAUCACGGGCGGAGCAACACCCGAGCUGGAGCUGAUCCUGGCCGAGGGAGCCGGCCUGCGCGGUGGCUACAGCACCGUGGAGAGUCUGAGUAAUCGAGACAGAUGUCGAGUGGGCCAGAUAUCCCUAUACGAUGGCCCGCUGGCGCAGUUCGGAGAGUGCGGCAAGUACGGGGAUCUGUUCGUGGCCGCCCUCAAGUCGUACGGCAUGCUGUGCAUAGGCCUGUACCGGUUCCGGGACACCAGCUCCAGCUGUGAUGCGAGCAGCAAACGAUAUGUAAUAACCAACCCACCCGAUGACUUUUCACUACUGCCAACAGAUCAGGUAUUCGUUUUAAUGCAAUUCGAUCCGGGGCUGGAGUACAAGCCGCCAGCGGUGCGAGCACCCGCCGGCGGACGCGGCACCAACACACAAGGCUCCGGGGUCGGAGGGGGCGGCUCCAACAAGGAUGAUAACUCUUGAUUGUUACUGUGUAGCGCCUUAACUGAUGGUCCUUAUUCGUACAUUUGAACGGUGGAGAAGAUCAUUGAAAGCAGAGCAUCGCAUUUCUGGCACCUAUCUAUAGAACUAUUGGCAUAAGAUUCGAUCCACAAAACGAACAAAACCCCAACAAAGACAUAUUUGUAUGUAUCGAUUGUACCGUGUACAAAACUGAAAUCAAAAGCGUUAACUAGUUAGAAAUCCCCCAAAAAAGCUGGGUGCCAGCAGGUGUGUUGCUCUGUCCCUUCAUGUGUGUGGAGGCAUGCGACGCGAUGUACUUUGUCCAUCCCAAUUAACAAUCAAGAGACAGCCCGAACAACGCCAGAGCAACUGCAACGUCAACGGUAGCGCCGCCUGCCUCCACAUAUAUGUGGGGCAUUAAUUCAGAUCAGGGGAGCAGAACAUCAUCCCCGUUAUCCAUCGUUCAAUUGCCAACUGAUUGCUUCCCACAUCAUUCCGUAUGCCUUUUUAGAACCUUGAAAUUAACAUAUUCUAUAUUCUAUUCUAUUUUAUUCUAUUCUAUUCUCCGUAGUUAUAUUUAUAAUUUUACCACUACUCUUACUUUGCAUUGGUUUAUCUGCUACACACUUUAUUAUUAUCCUUCUUAUUUUGUAAUCUUUUCUGUGCCCCCAAUAAAAUAUUCUUGUUUACGCGUUGAGUUUAUGAUUUGGAUACCAAUCAAUCCCUGUUCGAU